AUGCUCUGGCCAGAAGGCUCGGCUCAUCGCUUUCGCGAUUUGGACGAACCAUUCGUGGCAUUUACGGUGUCCAAACCGGGAUAUUAUGUUGCUGCGUGCACAACCAGCCAGAUUUCCAUGUACAGAGUGAAGCCGCUGGCUCCGGUGUCCCUGUAUACCCUGCAUACAACCGAUGGGCUUCCGUUGCUUGGGUUGAGACACUCACCGCUAGGGAACCGCCUCGUUACGUGGACUCAUGCCCAGGUCAUUGAAUUCGAUGUUGUUCCAGUCGGAUACGUAUCGGAGCUUGCCAGAAUCAGUCAGUCAGUUACCCCGGGACCCGGUGAAGCAGUCGGCACCCGCGAAUUGUACCUGAAGGAGGUAUCAAGGUACGAUAUCGAGCAUUCGAUCAUCGAUGUUAUCUGUGUGGAAAGUGGAGUUUUUGUUGUUGGGCCGGAAAUGUUCACAAAGCUGGGGGAAAAGGCCGCUAACUGGUCAACAUUCAAUGGUAUUGAUUUCAGAAUCACAUCAACUGCAGUGGCGCCUCUACUCAAUAAAGCCGCUCUAGUGUCCGAAAAUGGCGCGGUCAGAAUUGUUUCCUUGACAGAACCUGACCGCGAAGCCAUUGAGGUUUGUCCACGAGGAGCCAUACGAGCGGCAUUCAAUAUGCGGCAAGGAAAACUCACAAUUGCUACUGAAUUCACAAUAUUUUUGCAUAGUUUGGAUCGUGAUGAUUCGGCAGUAAUCGAUUUUGCCCAUGGAAUGCCUGAUAUCUCACAUAUCCAAUGGGCCUCUCAAGGCAAUGCUAUAAUUGUAGCAAGUGCUGAACGGUGGUCGUUAUUGUCGGCCCUAGGCAUGCCCAUUUACACAAGCCCGCCCGGUAACGAUGUUUCGCACUCAGAAUGGUCUUUGGGUUCUGAUGAAUUGUUCCUAUUGGGCUCCUCGGGCCUCUAUGUCUACAAUAUCUUACGGUGGACAGGUUUGGGGAGCCUAUCUAGACCAGUUCUUUAUAGUAGCAGCCGGCUGCAUAUUUUCCAUGAUGGACAAAAGAGUCGUUUAAGUGCAAAUCCCUGGCUUCUGGUUCCCAUACCGGCUUUUUACAUGGCAGAGAACUGGCCGCUGAUGUAUGUGAGCUGUUCUGCUGAUGGCAAGUACGUUGCUGCCGCAGGGUCUACAGGUCUUGUUCAUUUCAGUGUUUCCUCAAGAAACUGGAAAGAACUAUCCGAUCAUGACAUGAAGGUUCGCGGCGGAAUUGUCUGGUAUGGUAGGGUUUUGGUUGUGGCAGCAGACGUGGAUGGCAGCCAUGUUCUUCAAAUGUACUCUCCGGUGUCUAUUUUAUCACGAAGAGACAGCUCUGUAGCUGUUCCCACCCAUAAGUACGCUGAAGAUGAGCAUGUUAUCGCCAGCCUUACAUUGGAUGCCCGUGUGAUUGCCAUGAGUCUGUGGGAAGACUACCUGGCCGUUCUGUUGCCUACAGGUCUUAAGAUCUUGGACCUGACGGGAAACCAGCUGAACGCAGUAGAGGAAUGGAGACUUUCAGGCGUAAUUCUGACUCCUUGGCGCGUUAGGUCAAUUGAUCUGCUAGCUAAAGAUAAACUGUUGGUGUUCGUUGACGACCAGCUAGUCUCCCUCACUAAAAAGGGUAACGGGGUUUACAAAAAGCAAGUCUUGGCAGACUCUAUAGAGUACUAUUCCAUUGACCACCAAAACUUGUGGCUAUUUGAUGGACAUGAAUUGAGUCUGCAUCUUUUAGACAACGAGGUACCUGAAGCACCGGGGCCCCAAUUCAAAGUGCACCAAGACGGUAUUUAUUUCAAAGUUGAUGGAUACCCUGUUGCAAUCAAUCCCUCAAAAGGUGUUAUUGCUACCAUUGAGGCCCAUGGCUUGAGCAGCAAAGAUGGUUCAUUCACGUAUAUCAAGCCAACCGCCCACAUCCAGGUUUACCUCUUGCACCUACUGGAACCGAGCCUGGAGCAGCUCCCCAAAUUUACCCACUUGGACUACUAUGAUCAAGUUGUACAGACAUUACUGAACCGGGCUCUCGUGAACGACUCACAACUGGCAGACAUGCUCAGUAUAAUCAAACGAACGGCCAAGAGCUGGCGCCAUGUGGUGGCCAGCUGCGCCCGCAAGGUCGAAACAAAGUACUGGCCCAAGCUGUUUCAUGAGCUUGGGCAGACGCCGGCCCAGUUGUUCGACGAUGCGUUAGCUGACGGCGAUUUAGUUACGGCGGCCGAGUUUCUCAUGGUAGUGCACGCCGACAAGGAGAGCAAAGUGGCUGUGGCUGCGGGAGGGCCCGAGACUCAGCGGCUCUUCAAGGCAGCAUUCAAUUCGGGCAAGCACGAUCUGUGUCGAGACGUGUGCGAAUUUUUACUUGCCGUCGACGAGAGCGGGCAGGAGCUGGCCAGGUUUAAGCAGCAGCUGUAA